AUUAUAUGAACUAUGAAGGUAUACUGAAUAAGAAAAUGUCAUUGAAAAAAGGGUAAUUACGAAAACUAACCUGAAAAUAUUUAAAAUUUGAAAUAAAAUAAAUACCUACAUACACACAAUAAAUAACUAUUUGGGAAUCUAAAAGCCCAAUUUUAAUUGGCUUUGGACUUUCGUAAGCAAUCUAUGUAUAUAUUAUUCGAAAAUAUAAAUUAAUUAGAAGGAUGUCUGCAGUUGUCGAACAUAAAUGUGAAACUCCAAAUUGUGAAAAGAGAGCUACUCUGCAAUGCCCAACGUGCCUGAAAAUUGGUAUUUUAGGAUCAUAUUUUUGUUCACAAGACUGCUUUAAAGGCUAUUGGAAAACUCAUAAAGCCUUACAUGGUAUUGCUCAAGGGGAAGGAAAACUUAAAAAUAAAAACUCUAUUAGUGGCGAAUAUAAUCCAUGGCCAUUUUUUACAUUUACUGGAAAAUUAAGACCAUUUCCAUUAACACAAAAACGUGAAGUGCCUGCAGAAAUUGGACGACCUGAUUAUGCUGACCACCCGAAAGGCAAAUCUGCUUGCGAGGAGGCCUUACGAGGGAACACUGCGAUUAAAGUAUUGGAUGAUGACGAGAUUGAAGCAAUGAAAGUCGCUUGUAAGCUGGGAAGAGAAUGUUUAGAUGCUGGAGCUGCUAUUAUUGAAGUUGGGACUACAACUGAUGAAAUAGACCGAAUCGUGCAUGAGGCUGCAAUUGAACGUGAAUGUUAUCCAUCACCUUUAAAUUAUUAUCAAUUUCCAAAAUCUUGUUGUACAUCAGUUAAUGAAGUAAUAUGUCACGGUAUCCCCGAUAUGAGGCCUUUAGAAGAUGGCGAUAUUUGUAAUAUUGAUGUUACUGUGUAUCACCGAGGCUUUCAUGGCGACUUAAAUGAAACGUUUUUUGUAGGAAAUGUUUCAGAUAAACAUAAAAAUCUUGUUAAGGUAACUUACGAAUCUUUAUGCAAAGCUAUCGAAAUUGUUAGGCCAGGAAUUAAGUACAGAGAAAUCGGUAACAUUAUUCAAAAGCAUGUACAACCGCAUGGAUAUAGUGUGGUAAAGAGCUAUUGUGGCCACGGAAUUCACAGACUAUUUCAUACAGCACCAAAUGUACCACAUUAUGCCAAAAAUUCGGCUGUAGGUGUUAUGAAAUCUGGACAUUGCUUUACUAUUGAGCCAAUGAUUUCUGAAGGUACUUGGAGAAACGAGUCCUGGCCAGACGAUUGGACCGCUGUUACUAAAGAUGGAAAGUGGUCGGCACAAUUUGAACAUACAUUGCUAGUGACAGAUAAUGGCUGUGAAAUUUUAACUAAACGAAGAAAUGAAAAUGGGAACCCGCAUUUUAUGGACAAAAUGUAGUUGUAUUUCGCCAUGCCGCAGUACGUAUAUACAUACAUACAUAUUUAUACGUAUUUUCGAUUUAAAUUUAAUGUGUCUACACAUAAUAUCGAAUAUUAUAAAUUUGUAUUUAAUUUUAACCAUGUAAAUUUUUAAAAGAGAUUGGUUUUCUCUACAGCAUGUGUUAUUGAAAUUAAUUUACAUAUUUUGUACAGUUCAUUUUUGUUGUUUGAGUUCAUAAUUAAAUAAAUAAAUAAAAUGACCAUGUUGA